ACCUUUUGAUUAGGCCAUGAUAUUUCUGAAGCAAUGUUAUGUAAUUAACUUUUCUGUAUGUGUAUGAAUUAUUCAAUUGUUUAUCAAGUUUUUGGUAGAGGGCAUGCCCUUUUCUACACUCAUAUUAAUCUUCAACUAUGCUUUAAAAAAGAUAGUGAUCUCUCUUUUUGAAUAAUGCAAAAAGGAAAAGUUGAGAGAUAAGAUCUAAAGUGAAAGAGGGCCAAAAGCAGUUUCUUUAAUUUCCCAAUAACAAGUGAUAAUCAGUGUGUGUGGUAAGGCAGAGAGGGAGAUGUACGUCAGCAGACCGCGUUCAAUCUACCACCACUUCCCCGGAGCUCUCUCGUUGCAGCCGCAGGUAGAUGUUCCGUAUUCAGGCCACCUCGUUGUGACAGAUGAAGAUUCGGAGGCGAUGGAUUCCUUCUGCUGUGGAAUAUGGAGGAAUCACAGAAUCAGUAGGCUGCCAUUCCCUUCAGACAGAAUCUUGCAGGUGGUGCACUCUUCGUUGCAGGAGGAGGCCGGCGUGAUCAAGGCGUGGUUCAUACCUGUUCUUGAUCAGCCUCUCUCAUCCAACCGCUACUACGUCAUCAAAGCUAAGGGAAGGCGAAAAGGGCAGGCUUAUACGUGUUCGAGAGAGGGAGAGGUCGGAGUGUGCUGCUUUAGGCGCCCUCGUGUGGAGUCGAAGACGAGGCCUUUUGAUCACAGGGACAGGUACCAGCAGUUGGAGAUUAGGCCAUUUCAUGGUGGUGGUUUCUUUGCUAGAUCAGUAGAGUGGGAUGGUUACCCUCCGAGUUUCCUCAGGAGAGGUGGGUGGGAAGUCUACACGGUUGCUUCGUGCAGACUCCGUCUGCACGAAGCCCCGGGCCUCCUUGAAACGAUCCCGUUGGGGUUCCCCGACCGGGACCUCCCACUGCACUCGAGGCGUUCCACCCCCGUGGUGAUGGGGAGGUGGUACUGCCCUUGCGUGAUGGUGAAGGACGGGGACGUGGGGGCCCACGAUCAGAUGAGGAAGUGUAUGGUGUAUGAGCUGAGCCUGAAGCAGUGGUGGGAGCAGAUACACUCUGUGGAGAAUGAAGGUGGUGGGAAGAAUGAGGUGGUGGUGGAUGCAAGAGUGAGGAGGUUGGUGUGCCUGGCCCUUGGGAUGGAGGCCGAGAAGGACGACGGGGGACGAGGCGGGGCCGACGGGUUCGUGUGGUUUAGGGUGAAGGGGGAUUGUAAGAGAAGGGUGGGUGUGGGGUUGAGUGGUAGUUUGUAUGAGAAGAUGAGAUGGGUGCAGGAAGCAAGAGGGUGGUUUGAUGGGGAGAGAGAGGUGAGAGUGAAAGGGAGUAAGGAGGUUGGGAGUGAGAGUGGUUGGACAAGGUUUGGUUGCUAUGUGUUGGUGGAGAGCUUUGUGUUGAGGAGAAUGGAUGGGAGUUUGUUGAUCAAUUUCAAUUUUAGAAAUACAGAUAAGAUUGUGUGCAAAUGGGAGUGAUGAGAUUGGAUGAUUCCUACUAAUCUAUUUUUUUUAGAUCAAGAAUUGGUAUCAUCUUUGUUUGUAUGGUAGGGCUAGAUUGUAUAUGAUGAAGUGAUCAUUUGUGUGAAGUCUCAACAUAUUAAUACUAGCUAGAGAGACCCACAAAGUCAUCAUAAUUCAUAAGAGUAUGUGCGUUGCAGAAUCUGAACAAAUUAUAUAAGAAACAUUAUAAUCUCAAAGUCUA